CGCCACCACCUGAAGCGCCUGGUAGCGAAGGCUGCGGCGGCCUUCCCCCAGAUAUCGCGAGGAAGGGCAGGUUUCGCGAGAUCUGAGCUCUCCUCUCUGACAGGCGCGCGUUCUUUCCGGAAGCUAUGGGAGGGCUCUGGAUUAAGCGAUGCAGCAGCAAUGUUUUGUGUGGCUGGCGGUCCAGUCAUGCUGGGUUCUUCACCAGGGCUGGAGAAAGGGUAGAGCCUUUGCUGAGCCCGUGGUGGAGUGGGACAGGAGGUGCUGAAAGGGGGCUGAGGCGGCUCAGGGCGUGGAGGCGCCCGAGCCCGUCCCGGGACCUGACUUUGCAGCCGCCACGGCGGUCGAAGAACACGAACCCUUUCACGCGGGCGCAGGAGGAAGAGUGGCGGCGGCGAAACAAGACGGUCCUCACGUAUGUGGCCGCGGCCGCCGUGGGCAUGCUGGGGGCGUCCUACGCCGCUGUGCCCCUUUAUCGGCUCUAUUGCCAGGCUACUGGGCUUGGAGGAUCUGUAGUGGCAGGCCAUGCAUCAGACCAGAUUGAAACCAUGGUGCCUGUUAAGGAUCGCAUCAUUAAGGUUACCUUUAAUGCAGACGUGCAUGCAAGUCUCCAGUGGAACUUUAGACCUCAGCAAACCGAGAUAUAUGUAAUGCCAGGAGAGACUGCACUGGCAUUUUAUAAAGCUAAGAAUCCUACUGACAAACCAGUAAUCGGAAUUUCUACAUACAAUGUUGUACCAUUUGAAGCUGGACAGUAUUUCAACAAAAUACAGUGCUUCUGUUUUGAAGAACAAAGGCUUAAUCCACAAGAGGAAGUAGACAUGCCAGUGUUUUUCUACAUUGAUCCUGAAUUUGCUGAAGAUCCAAGAAUGCCUGAAUGCAAUGCAGCCUAAAAACCAAAAGCUGACGUCAGUGAAGACAGAGACAACUCCAGGAGAAGCCCUCUAGUUUUCACUCAAGGAGCAAGAAUGGAAACUCCUGACACUGAGUAUGGAAAUCCCUCUCCCCAUUUUUUUCUUCUCUUUGUUCCCUCAAGCCCUAACUCCCAGGCAAUUCCAAGGUGCAAGCAGUGACGGCGGAGGCGACAGGGACCUGUAGGAGCUUAAAACUGUGAUGGAGGAGAAUCUUUCUCUGCACUAGGUAGAACUGUGAUCUCAAGACUAUGGGACAAACCCCUGUUGUUUCUUUUUUCCUCUGUCCUGCCAUUUGGUCCCAGUCACGAGCAUAGUUGAGGAGAUGAAUAGCAGAGUGGGUAAGUAAAGGUCCAGUUUUCUGACUGUAGGACCAAAAAGGGGUGCUCCAGGAAACCAGAAAGCAGCAGAAAAUUCACAAAGAAGGAGCAACUAAGGAAAGCAGCCUCAUGAAAUUGUCUAUGACCUCCUGGGCUCACCCCUGCACCGUAUGUGCAUGGAUCUGAUCCCAUUCAGGAUACCAAAGACAUUGAGAACUAAACACACAGCCUGCUGUCUAUACCUCAGACUGACCACUGGUUUGCGCACAUGUGGGACAGAUAUGAAUAACUUAACUAACGUUGAAAACUUAACUUACAUUGGAAAUAGCCCACAUAGGGCAGGAUGAAACCUGGGCAUAAACCUGCCCAGAUGGUUUGCCUACUAAAAGCAAAAUAUCAACGUUCUCUACAGGAUUUAAAUAAGGCCAAGAGCCUAUAACAUAUAUUAUAAGCAUCCAGGAUACAAUCCAAAAUUACAAGGCAUAUGAAGAACCAAGAGCCCCAGUGGUGUAGUGGUUAUGAGCUAUGGCAAGCUACAGCUGCUAACCGAAAGGUUGACAGUUUCAAUCUACCGAAUGCUCCCUGGAAAUCCUAUGGGGCAGUUCUACUCUACCCUAGAGGGUCGCUAUGAGUUGGAAUCGACUUGACAGCAACGAGCUUGGUUUUUCGGGUUUUAUGAAGAACCAGGAAAACUUAACUUCCAUGAGAAAAGAGAAUCAACACACACCAAGGCCAACAAGACAGAAGUUGGAAUUAUCUGUCAGAUUGCAAAGUACCUAUUAUACGAAUGCUCCAGUAAGCAAUCACAAUCUUGAAAAAAAAAGGAAAAACACUCUCAGCAAAGAAAUGCAGGAUAUAGAGAACCAAAUGGAAAUUUUAAAAAUUUUUUGAAAAAUACAAUAACAAAUAAAAAUAGGAUGAGCUUAAUAGCAAAAUGGAGAUGACAGAGGAAAUAAGUCAGUGAGAUUGAACACUGAUCAUCAAUAGAAAUUAUCCAAUCUGAACAACAAAUAGGAAAAAAAACAAGUGAAAAUAAAAGGUGAACAGAACCCCAGGGACUUAUGAGACAAUGAUAGCAGGUCUAAUAUUUGUGUCAUCACAGUCUCAGGAAGAAAACAGACAGCAUGUAAGAAAGGCUGAAAACACCUCAAGUUUGGUGAAAGACAAACACCCAAAGAUUCAAGAAGCUCAAUGUAGUGGGUUAAAUGGUGGUCCCCCCCCAAAAGAUACAUACACACCAUGAUUCUGGGAACCCGUGAAUGUUACCAUAUUUGGAAAAAGGAUCUUUGCAGUUGUAAUGAAUUUAAGGACCCUGUAUUGUCCAGAUGCGCCCUAAAUCUAAUCACAAACAUCCUUAAAAGAGAAAAGCAGAGGGAGACUUAAUACACACAGAGGAAAAAGUGGGUCACUAUGAGUCAAAAUUGACUCAAUAGCACCUAACAACAACCCCUAAUCUACUAAGUCGGUAUUUCUGGGGACCAGCAGUUUGAAUUUUUAACAGGCAUCCAAGUGAUUUUUAUGCACAGUAAAGUAUGAGAUCCACUAGAUUACUGAUUAAAAUGAACAGGUAUUAGCCAGCAUUUGACUUUUUUACGUGUUUUAGACAGGUGAUUAUUGGAAAGAGAUUUCUUCUGCAUUACUCAUCCUUUCUCAUAUUGCCCAACAAGAUUGGAAUAAUAGGAAAACCGUAUUAGCUACUUUACACAUUAUUUACCAAGCCUACGACAUUUUAGCAUUUACUUGCAUCCCACAUAGUCAAGAUGAGAGGCGGCCAACCUAAGGUACUGACUCAAUUUAGUGGUUCAUGAGAAUAAGCCAUUGACACUCUUAUCAUUUUCCAACAUAUGGAUCUUUCCUUUCUCCUCUUCUUCCUUUUUUUUUUUUUGUUGUUUUUCUUCCCAGUUUGAUUCUUCUUUCUUAUUCUUCUCCUAGGUCCCUUCUUUUUUUUUUUUUAAUACAGAAAAAUAAUUCAGUGGUUGGUACAUGAGUGUUUAAAUAAAACACUAAAAAAACCAAAAACCAAACCCAUUGCCAUUGAGUCAAUUCUGACAGCAACCCUACAGGACAGAGUAGAACUGUACCGUUGGGUUUCCAAGGGUAUAAAUUUUUAUGGAAGCAGACUGUCACAUCUUUCUCACACAGAGGCACUGGUGGUUUCGAACCACUGAUCAUUCAGUUAGCAGUCAAGCACUUCAACCAACGUGCGACCAGUGCUGCUCCUAUAUUAAAAAAGUUUGGUGCAAGUCAAACCCAACUUUUGUUGAUUUCUUACUUUAUUCUAUCCUGCCUCUCCUGACCUUAGGUAACCACAUUUUUUUUGGUUUCUUCUGUGUCCUGGCAUUUUUUUAAUGCAAAGAGGCAAUUAUAAAUAUGUAUUUUAUUCCUACUUUUUUACACAAAUGCAAUAUAGUAUACUACACAUAUUGCUUUAUACCUCAUUUCACGUAACAACAAAUGUAUUGGUGACUGUCCCUCAGAUAGAGAGCCUACUUUUUUAUUCCAACUGUACAGUAGUACACUGAGUAAAUGUUUACUUACCUAGUCCCAACUAAUGGAUGCUUAAGCUAUUUUCAAUUAUUUGCUAUUGUACCAAAUGCUGUAAUGUAUACUCUUAUACUUUCUUUUGUAUAAAUACAAUAUAAAUUCCUAGAACUGAAACUGUAAGUUCAAAGGUAAAUGCAUUUAUAAUUUUGAUAUUGCCACUUGCCCCUGGUAAGGCAGCCAGCAAACUGUAUGUUAGCAAAUGUUUGGAUUUUUACCAAUCCAAUAGAUGAAAAAAUUAUGUCUUGCUGUAUUUUGAUCUACAUUUCUCUUACUAUAUGUGAGGCUGAGCAUCUUUGCACAUGUUUCUGGGUCAUUUGUACUUCUUUUUUGGUGGACUAUCAGUUCAUCAGACCUGCCACUUAUUAGCUAUAUUAACUUGGGCAGGCUCAGUUUCCUUUCUAGAUCUCAGGCUCCUUUUCUGCAAAAUGCAAAUAAUAAUAUUACUGACCCAGGAACUUCAUGAAGAUUAAAUAAGAGAAACAAAAAGAGGUGAGCAAAGUGCCUGGCACGUGGCAAGUGACCUGUCAUUGGUGUAGCCAUUACUGUUACAAUUUUGAACCUCACUUCUCCUCUCUCUCCUGUGUCAUUGUGUUCCUGUUUCCCCCUUCAUGUCCAGUCACCACUAAAAAAUAAUAGAUACAGAUAAUUUAUUGAAGGCUUAUUAUGUACCAAAUGCUAUAUUAUGAGUUUUAUAUACAGUAUCUCACUGAAUCUUUGCAAAAAUCCUAGGAAGCCUUCUUGGAAGAAAAACAAAGGUUCACGGUGAUUAAGUAUCUCAAACAAGGUCAUAUAGCUGGUUGGAUGUAGUGCUGAGAUUUUAACUCAGGUCUGAUCAAUUUCCAAGUCUCUGCUUUUUUCUACCAUGCCUUGUUUUCUUAAAUGUAAGUAAUCAGAAUAUCUUAGUUCUGCAAUGUUAUGACAUACUUACAAGGGU